GCGUCUAUGGUGACUUUUUCGUUUUCGAAGCAAGAAAGAAUUGCUCAUGUAAAUAGUAUCUGAAGUGUUUACAUAAAGAAUAGAAACAGCUAUUCAUCGCUAUAUUCUCAAAAGUAUGCGCUAAAGAGCUAUCUAAGAAUAUAACCUGUCGAUUCUGCUGUAUUUGCUUCAUAAACUACAACGAAAGCACAUUUUUUGCUUAAAAAUACCUUAUUUUUGUUUUUGUAGAAGUAUUUCCAAAGGCAUAUACGCGUUUCGUGUUUCAGUAGAAUAUCCACGCGGCGGCUGGUACGUCCUUUCGGUUGUAUCGAGACUAUCAAAAAUUGUUGUUUACUCCUUUUUCCUUUUGGUACCCUUCUACAUUCACAUUGGUUAAUUUGGCGUUGAGUGAUUUUGCUAAAUCGCUGGUGUUAAUGAUUCAAUCCUUUUUUGUUCUUGUACAUUAGUGUUUGGUCUUAUUUGUUAUUUUUUCUUAUUUUGUAUAUCAUUGAUUAUUAAAUCUGUCCAUCAUACUUUAUAAAGCCCUUCUACAUGAAUAUUGAUUAUAUUUUCACUGCUGUGUUCGAUCCUGAUCAAGGUCCCGUUUUGCAAUAUCAGUUUCCUCAGACUAGUCACUAUGAUUUCCGAUUCCUUGCGGAAAUCAUGUUACCUGAUAGGAUUCACGAACGAAAUGAGGACUGGUUGCAGUUUUUCCUUCAUUUUCGUGAGGAUAUUCAAGCGUAUUCCCUUUUUCCUUCAGUAACCAAGGCUAUCAAAGGGCCAAAUGGCUCAGAAGUCUAUCACGUUCUAAACGUUAUUCGUACAAAACGUGAGCGACUUGCUAAAAGAAAUGGUAGUCUGUCGGCAAUGGCUAUUUGCACCUCUUUUCCUCAUGUUCAAGCACUAAAACCUUUAUUAGAUACUGCUUGGAGCAGUUUCGAUGCUUCACCUUCUUCUCUAACAUUAGAGCAUGUGUUUAAAAAACUGUGCAGUCACGAUUUUCACUCUUUUUUCUUAGAUGUCUCUUUAGAUUCUUCAGUCAUAUUGACUUUAAACGACUUCCAUCCUUAUGUUGAAUUUCAGACUCAGAAGUCUGAGAUUGGAACUAAUAGUUAUUCCCCUCCCUUGCUUGAUUCUGGCGUUUCUUUAAAAAUUCCGCCGACAAAGUUUUUAUUGAGUACUUCGGCAGAUAAUACACCAGAUAUCACGACUUGUGCAGUUCCUACUGUCUUCCUACCGGAAUGCGUAGGUGAGUAUAGUAUUUCCAAUCUAAUUCAAACAUUCAUUAACAGUCCAUUUCCGCUUUCGAAAUACACGUCGAGCUUGCCUGCUGGUGUAGGUGACACAAAUCCUAUUAUUGUUCUCAUCAAUUCCCUAAUUCUACAAAAACGAGUUCUCUUUCUUACUAGCAAGCUUCCAGCACAUGUCUUAACCUCCUUCGUCUUAUCUGCUUGUGCUUUGGCUUCCGGGGCUUCUGGAUUAUUACAAGGGUACUUGAAUAUGACUUUUCCGUACGUCGACUUAUCCAACGUCGAUCAAUUAUUGAAGCUCCCUGGUUAUAUAGCUGGAGCAAUGAACCCGACAUUUCUUUAUCAUCAAAAUUGGUGGGAUUUGCUUUGCGAUUUAGACAACCAAAUAAUUCACGUAUCACCUGAACUAACCAAAAAAAAGAUGAGUUCUAAAGUUUUGGAGCUUGUUGCUGCUGUACCUUAUAAUCAACUUUCUCCUUCAAGAAAGUUGAAGGGACACAGUGAACAGUACUUGAUUAGUGAUUUACAUGAAUUGCUUACCCACUCAAACAAGGAGUUACUCGUUCGUUGGAAAAUCCGAACUUACUUGUUAUCUUUCAUUAGGAAGGCAAUUAGCUAUGAACAUCUGUUCUUAGAAUCAUCUUCACUUAAUCCCCAUGUAGAAAACUACAAGUUGGAAGGUUUUGGGUGGUUUUGGCCAGAUCGUACUGCGAGAGCGAACGAAUUAUCUCUCAUGGCUGGAAAAAUCGAGGAAUGGAGAAAGACCAAAUCUUAUGAAAAUUACUGCCAUAGAAUGGCAAACACGUAUAUACCUGUCAUGCUAUGCAUGGAUAUUGCUUACCAUUUAGAUAGGCUUCGUUUUCAGGUUGUAUCUUCUGAGGACGCCGCUUGCAUUUAUUCGGCAUUGGAACAGUACAUAACGACAGACGAGGAUAUUACUUAUUUACUUAGUUUAUGCCCACUGCAUGAAGGGGGAUUGACUAUAAUUGCAUAUGGACUAUAUCACAUAUCAAACUCUGCGCGUCAAAAAGUUAUACAGCUACUAGAUAAAAUCAAACAACAUAAGUACGGUGAAAUGUUUUUUGCAUGCUUACCAGAAGUUGAUAAAAUGAUAUAUGCUUCACUAAGAUUUCACUCAAACUAGUUUUUAUUGAUACCCUUUUCUGUCAUGAUUUCUGAUGAAUUAAAAAGGAAGAAAUUGAAGGUUCAUAUAUUGAUAAUCAUAAUUUUUAUUUAUUGCAAAGAACUUGCAAAACUAUUCAAAGGAUUAAUGGGUAUCAUUUCUUUUUGGAAUUUUCCGAACUUAUUCCGCUGGACGGAGAGGAACGUGAAGGAUCAUUAGCGAUUUCACGUCGUAAUGCUUCCAAUUCUUUUUGAAAUCUCAUACCAAAAACAUCGACUAAAAUAAUGUUAGCAGUUGCAUAUUUAGCUACUGACUUACUAUAAUAUGAUGCGCCGUUCCAGAUUGACCAACCAAAAAUAACAACCAAAAAAGCAGUGGAAUAUACUUUGUUGUUAUACCAAAUAGAGCAUGGACACAUCGUAGUAAUAGAGUAUAAAUAUUGGAGGACCAUAAAGGCGAAUGGUCGAAGAUUUUCAGGCAACGUGUUUAUCGCUUUUCCUAAAGUCGUUUUUGAGUAGCUAGUAACAAGGUUAGUUAAGAAGGAAACAUAUAAAAGACAUACGCUUUCGACAUCCAUGUAA